GAGCCCGCCCAUUGGUGGCCCCAUGCCGCCGGAAGCGGAAACAGCAUCGGGCGCCGCCGCCGGAGCACCCACAAUUGCCACCGCGAUGCCGAAGGGUCCCAAGCAGCAGCCGCCGGAGCCGGAGUGGAUCGGGGACGGCGAGAGCACGAACCCCGCGGACAAGGUGCUGAAGAAAGGAAAGAAGGACAGAAAGACGAAGAAGACGUUCUUUGAGGAGCUGGCAGUGGAGGAUAAGCAGGCUGGGGAGAAGGAGAAAGCCCUGAGGGGGGAGCAGCAGCAGCAGCAGCAGCAGCAGCAGCAACAGAAAAAGAAGCGAGAUCCGAAAAAGGGCCGGCGGAAGAAGGAUGUGGACGAUGAUGGUGAGGAGAGAGAGCUCAUGGAGCGGCUCAAGAAGUUGUCUGUGCCGGCCAGUGACGAGGAGGGUGAGGCACCCGCCCCCAUACCCCGAGGAGGGAGGAAAACAAAGGGUGGAAAUGCUUUCGCAGCCCUGAUUCAGGACCAGAGUGAAGAGGAGGAGGAGGAACAGAAACCUGCUCCUAGGCCCGCCAGGCCCGAGAAGAACCAUGUCAAUAAGGCUGGGUCUGAGGAACAGCAGCCCAGGCUCAGGAGCAAAAAGGGAAAGGAGGAGAAGCCCAGAGGAAAGGCUCCUCAAAAUAAAUUUGCUGCUCUGGACGAUGAAGAGAAGGAAGAAGAAAUUACUAAAGAAAAGGGGGCUCCCAGACCAGGGAAGGAGAAGGACAAGAAGGCCGGGCAGGGUUCAGAGGAAGAGGAGGAGGAGGGAGAGUCGAAGGCAGAUGACCCCUAUGCUAACCUGAGCAAAAAGGAGAAGAAAAAGCUGAAGAAGCAGAUGGACUAUGAGCGCCAGGUGGCUUCACUGAAAGCAGCUAAUGCUGCGGAAAAUGACUUCUCCGUGUCCCAGGCAGAGGUGUCCUCCCGCCAGGCCAUGUUAGAAAAUGCAUCUGAUAUCAAGCUGGAAAAGUUCAGCAUCUCUGCCCACGGCAAGGAGCUGUUUGUCAAUGCUGACCUAUACAUCGUAGCCGGCCGCCGCUACGGGCUGGUGGGGCCCAACGGCAAGGGCAAGACCACACUUCUGAAGCACAUUGCCAUCCGUGCCCUGAGCAUCCCCCCCAACAUUGAUGUGCUGCUGUGCGAGCAGGAGGUGGUGGCCGAUGAGACCCCAGCUGUGCAGGCUGUGCUUCGUGCUGACACUAAGCGCCUAAAGCUGCUGGAGGAGGAGCGGCGGCUUCAGGGACAGCUGGAGCAGGGGGAUGACACGGCUGCUGAGAGACUAGAAAAGGUAUAUGAGGAAUUACGAGCAACUGGUGCGGCAGCUGCAGAGGCCAAGGCCCGGCGAAUCCUGGCUGGGUUGGGCUUUGACCCCGAGAUGCAGAAUCGGCCCACACAGAAGUUCUCAGGGGGCUGGCGCAUGCGAGUCUCCUUGGCCAGGGCACUGUUCAUGGAGCCCACACUGUUGAUGCUGGAUGAGCCCACCAACCACCUGGACCUCAACGCUGUCAUCUGGCUCAACAACUACCUUCAGGGCUGGCGGAAGACACUGCUGAUCGUCUCUCACGACCAGGGCUUCUUGGACGAUGUCUGCACCGAUAUCAUCCACCUGGACGCCCAGAGGCUCCAUUACUACAGGGGCAAUUACAUGACCUUCAAGAAGAUGUACCAGCAGAAGCAGAAGGAGCUGCUGAAGCAGUACGAGAAGCAGGAGAAGAGGCUGAAGGGGCUGAAGGCUGGGGGCAAGUCCACCAAGCAGGCGGAAAAGCAAACGAAGGAAGCCCUGACUCGAAAGCAGCAGAAAUGCCGGCGGAAGAACCAGGACGAGGAGUCACAGGAGGCCCCCGAGCUCCUGAAGCGGCCCAGGGAAUACACUGUGCGCUUCACCUUCCCAGACCCACCACCCCUCAGCCCGCCUGUGCUGGGGCUGCAUGGUGUGACCUUUGGCUACGAGGGACAGAAGCCACUCUUUAGGAACCUGGAUUUUGGCAUCGACAUGGACUCACGGAUCUGCAUUGUGGGCCCCAAUGGUGUAGGGAAGAGCACACUUCUCCUGCUGCUGACCGGCAAGCUGACACCAACCAGUGGGGAAAUGAGGAAGAACCACCGGCUGAAAAUUGGCUUCUUCAACCAGCAGUAUGCCGAGCAGCUGCACAUGGAGGAGACGCCCACCGAGUACCUGCAGCGCGGCUUCAACCUGCCUUACCAGGAUGCCCGAAAGUGCCUGGGCCGCUUCGGCCUGGAGAGUCACGCCCACACCAUCCAGAUCUGCAAACUCUCCGGUGGGCAGAAAGCCCGAGUCGUGUUUGCAGAGCUGGCCUGUCGGGAGCCUGAUGUCCUCAUCUUGGAUGAGCCAACCAAUAACUUGGACAUAGAGUCUAUCGAUGCCCUGGGGGAGGCUGUCAAUGAGUACAAGGGAGCUGUGAUCGUUGUCAGCCACGAUGCCCGACUCAUCACAGAAACCAACUGCCAGCUGUGGGUGGUGGAGGAGCAGAGUAUCAGCCAAAUCGAUGGUGACUUUGAGGACUACAAGCGGGAAGUAUUGGAGGCCCUGGGUGAAGUCAUGGUCAACCGACCUCGAGAGUGAGAGUCCUGCUGCCAGCCGUCCUGCCGUCCCCAUCUCCAUCUGGAAGCCUGCCUGUGUCUGCCGCUGACCAGCCACAUGGCCUCGGAGAAGGAGCAUUGCCUUCGUGUGUGUGACAGGACCUGUGUGGAUUGUGUCCUUCCCCUGAAGGACUGUGUUCUCUUUUCACCUGACUAAGCUGACCCUUGCUGUGGUGGGAUCCUCUCCAGCCAAGUUAAGGGGACCUCUUGUCUCGAGACUCAUCACUUAGAACUGAUGUGGUCUGCCCUAAGGCUUCAGGCCCCUCUCCCUGCUCUCUCUUGGAGGGGUGCUAUUCCUGGUGGACUAAGUGCUGAGUUACUGACACAAACCUACACUGACCUCAGAGCUGAAGGCCAGUGUCUGAGGCCCGUGCUGUUAACAGCCCAAUGGCUGGUAUCCAUGGUCACUUGUCUGGCAGGGACUUGAGGACAGGAAAGGGAAGCUGCUGAACUUGAAUCUCCUUCACGAGGGAGGAAAUAAAAGAGUUGUUGCCACCCUG